AUGGUAAACACUAAUAAAAUCGAAAAGGACAAAUAAAUAGUAAGUAAACCACUUAAAAGUUCAGUUAUUUUAAAGGAAUAAGUCAAGCAAUAGAUUUCUUAGAAUGAGAUGUGUAAAGAACUAAAAUUUAAUAGUAAGAAUUCUUUGAUAUUUACUGGUAAUGAAACAAAGAUUAAAAUUCAUGUUUUUCACGAAGGAUUUUUAUAUAAGAUAUGUGAAUUUUAUCACAGUAAUAAUAUAUUGACAUACUUGAAUUGCAAAAAAGACACAAUUUUAAUUUCAGCUUGCGAUUAAAUGAUUCAAAUGAGGGCUUUAUUUGAUAUCAACAAUAAAAAAUUUUAAAGGACAAUAUCAAUUUAGUUGUUUUGCUCUUAGUCAAAAAAAUAAUUUAUUAGUAGCAGGUCUUUAAAAUCAUACUUAUUUUUUUUGGGAUGA